GCCAUCUUGUGUGACGUCGGUGUUUACUUUGCACUGACCGUUUCGUACUGGUACUGCUUAAACACAUGAAAGUAGAGAAAUGAGUUUCUUUCGGUUCAUUAGCAGGUUAAGAGGCAGCGAGAGAUGGGUAUGCGCUGCGGCCGGGGUGAGCAUCGGAUCCAAGUUAGACGAGCGGCCCAUGCCGACCUUGCUGGAAAGAAAACUCCGGGAUAAGGUCGAGGAGACCUCGUCCAAGGACAAGAAGAAUAAGGUCAAGGAUAGAGGCAUCAAAGUCCCCCAGGUCUGCCCAACGUACAAGCCGUGUGAGCGGGAAUGUACAGGAGGACCUAAGCUGCCAGAGGACACAUGUAUUAAUGACGUCAAGGACAAGGCAUCGGAGCAGCUCAAUGAAUAUAAGAAGGCUCACCAAGCCGUUACCUACGUGACGGCCGGUACAGGGACCGCCGUGGGUAACAAGAGCUCAGUGCUGACUGCUGGUCUGAAGGGUCCUAUCAUGCUACAGGACUUUGUCUUCCUGGAUGAGAUCGCGCACUUCAACAGGGAGAAGAUAGCAGAGAGGGCCGUGGGGGCUAAAGGCGCAGGAGCUUUCGGCGUCUUUGAUGUGACGGAUGAGAUUAGCAAAUACUGCAAGGCUUCGAUCUUUGGCAAGUCUGGAAAAAAAACUCAAGUGGCUGUGCGAUUCUCGAACACAGUCACGGAGAAUGGGGCAACAGAUUCCAUACGAGAGCCGAAAGGUAUUUCCAUCAAGUUUUACGCAGAAGAUGGAGUCUGGGACUUUGUCGGCUACAACAUACCGGUCUACUCCAUUAAGGAUCCCAUGAUGUUCCCAAGUUUGAUGCACAGUCUGAGACGUAAUCCCGUGACCCAUCUGUAUGAUGCCGAUAUGUUCUGGGAUUUCGUAGCGAGCCGCCCAGAGACCAUCCAUCAGAUCCUGUUCCUGUUCUCCAGCCGUGGUAUCCCCUAUGGCUAUCGGUACGCGCACUACUACGGGGUGAACACUUACAAAAUGGUCAACAAGAAUGGCGAGGUCUUUUACUGCAAGUUCCAUCUCAAGAGCAACCAGGGCAUCAACAACUUUACCAACGCCAUGGCUGAAGUGUGUUCGGGAACGGUUCCCAACUACGCCAUCCAAGACCUGUACAACGCCAUCGCUGAAAAGGUGUUCCCUACAUGGACCAUGUACAUCCAGGUCAUGACGCUAGAGGAGGCGGAGGCUAUCUCUUCGGAGUUUGAUCCCUUGGACGCCACUAAGGUAUGGCCACACAGGUCCUUCCCUCUAAUCCAAGUUGGGAGGUUGACUCUCAACCGCAACCCAAAAAACUAUUUCACGGACGUCGAACAGAUCGCCUUCUCUCCCGCUCACAUGAUUCCAGGGAUCGAACCCAGCCCAGACAAAAUAUUACAGGGCCGUCUGUUUGCCUACUCGGACGCUCAGCGCCAUCGGCUCGGUGCCAACUACCUGCAGAUUCCUGUCAACACCUCACCCGUCGCCAAGGUCAAAAACUAUCAGAGAGAUGGACAAAUGUGCGUCGACACCAAUCAAGAGGGCGCCCCCAACUAUUUCCCUAACUGCUUCAACGGCCCCAUCGAGAAGCCUGGGCUGACUGAUGGAGUGACCAUGCUCAAUGACCCCGAGGUACAGAGGACACCCCCUGAACCUGAAAACUUCGACCAGCCCAGAACGUUCUACACUGAGGUUCUGGACAACGAGGAGAAAGCUAUCCUGACUAGGAACAUUGCGGAGCAUCUGACCGAUGCUCACUACUGCAUACAACAGAGAGUGCUGGAAUUGCUGAACCAGGUGGACAGCGAUUUGGGCAAGAAAGUCGAGGAGCAACUUGUUAAGGUGGCAAAGAACAGUCCAAAGUUCGAAUGAUAGGUCUUACGUUCUGACUGAGUUCGCUUACGUCACGGUUAGGUCAUGAACUCAACCCUGAUUGGUUAACGAGUUCGCGUCAUGAUUUGUUGAGCAUCCCACGAAGGUUGCAAUGUUUGAGUUAGUUUACAGUUGGAAGCGAAUAGUUCACAAGGCUCCAUUCACAAUGUUUGAACAAUUUUUGACUGAUUAUAAUCAGUCGUAUUUCGUCUUUUUUUCUUCUUCAAUUUUCAAGUCAAUAAACUUUAUUAAAAUAAA